CAGAAGUGUUCGGUAGUUUGAGACUUUGUUUAUAAACAAGUGUAAUGUGUAUAGAGUGACGUAGUGCGGCUAGAGUGGCGAAUGUAGAAAUGAUAAGCAAUAAACUUUGUCGCCUGUGCGCAAGAGAAAGGGAAGGCUCCAUCAGAAUUUACGAAGAAGAAGGCCAGAAAUUGAAUCUUGCAACAAAGAUUAUUCAGUGUCUGCAGAUUUGGUUAUACCCAGAGGAUCCACUGCCAAAAACUGUUUGCUUGGAGUGCUGCACGAAGUUGAAUCAGUACUUUGAUUUCUUUGAAACAAGCUCACGUGCACAGUUAUCACUGCAGAUAUUAUUUGAUCCGAAAGUAGCCAAAGAAGAAUUCAAAGCAGACUCUCUUGAUAUUGUCGCAAAGGUAGAACCCAAUGACAGAACCAAAAAACCCUCAAGUGAUCGUGACACUGGUGGAGGAGAAGAUGAUGAUGAUGAGGAGGAGGCGGAGGAGGAGGAAGAGGAAGAGGAGGAGGAAGAGGAAGGAGGAGAUGGAUCUAAUUAUAACAUUGAUGGUGCAUUAGAUGAAUAUGAUUCUCCCACUGAGACCAAUGCAGAGCCUCCUGAAUUUGUAGAGUGUGUUCUCUCUGACAGAGACAUCAACACACACAAUGAACAAAAAACUGGUUCAUCAGCUUCUUCCCGACGAAAACGGUGUGUUCCUGUUAAGCGAACGGCUCCGAUGAAGGAGCGAUUGGCAGUUCGAGAAAAAACUUCAGUGAAAGAUGGUGUCCUAUCUAAAUCUAAGAAUUCUGUUAAAGAACGGUCGAUGAGGAGGGAGAGGUCAAUUUCAGAAGAACGAAUCCCACUCGAGCAGAGGCUGCUUAUGGUGAAGGAAACUAGAACAGAAAAGAAAGAGAAAGAAAAUAGUGAAAUUGAAGAUCUCAAACCUAUAGAACCUGAACGUAACCCUGAAAAUGAGGAAUUUUGUGGAAUUAAGGAAGAAAAUAGUGAGGAAGAAAACAUGUCUGAAGGGAAGGCUCUAAAAAAGAAGAGUGGGUCAUCAAGGAAAAAAAAAGAUGGGGAAGCAAAGCCCAGACCAAAGACUGUUAUGGACGGAUAUUCGUGGCAGUGCACAGACUGCACAGCUGUGCUAAGCAGUCUGCAGGAGCUGCGGUCCCAUCAUCAGACUGAGCACAACCAACCACCAAAUUUCAAGUGUUCUCAGUGCGCCAAGGUUUAUACCAGAUACCGAAGUUUUGCAAGACACGUGAAGCUUCAUGGCAAUCCAAAGAAAUUUAGGUGUGAAGAAUGUGGCAAGUGUUUCUCUCAGAAGACGGUGCUGCAGUCCCACAGCACAGUACACACUGAUGCGAGACCACACGUGUGUCCACAAUGUGGCAAAGCUUUCAAGCAGUUCAGCUCACUGUACCUGCACAGCAAGUGUCAUUUGCCAGACCAGGUGAAGCCUAAAUUCCCGUGUGACAUCUGCCACAAAGACUUUGCUACAAAACAUACGUUGGAGACCCACCGUAAGAUACACACAGGAGAGCGAAAUUACAUAUGCGACGUAUGUGGUAAAAGUUUUAUAGCGAAAGGCAGUUUAGAUUACCACAUUUUGACACAUUCAGGAGAAAAACCACAUCACUGCCCAGUUUGUGGGAAAGGAUUCAAGACUGCACGACUUCUGGGAAAGCAUGCGACUUUACAUACUGGUAUCAAGCCUCAUCAAUGUGACGUGUGUGGAAAACAAUUUCGGGAACGUGGAGCACUGAGGGAGCAUAACCGGAUACAUACUGGUGCUAUGCCAUAUACGUGUGAGUUCUGUGGAAAGAACUUCCGUUUCAAGGGUAUUCUCACUGUGCACAGGCGCCAGCACACGGGGGAGAGGCCGUACAGCUGUCAAGAGUGCAGGCGAGAGUUCACAAAUUGGGCAAACUACAAUAAGCACAUGAAGAGGCGUCACCGGAACAGUGAUGACCCUAAUGCCAUAAAUACCAACAGAAGCACUACUCGUACUUACCAGGCUCCCACAAACACAAUACAUAGCAGUAUUAUGGCACCAGACAGUAUGAAGAUGUUACCACAGCAAAGUGGUAGUGUGAUGACGUCGACAGCUGUCGUUUCUGCCGUGCCACCACCUGCGUCAGUAUCUUCUCUUGGUGGUCCGUACAAUUUGAGCAGUAAUCACACGAAUAGUGGUAUUGGUGACAGUAGUAGUAAUAGUGGUUUAGGACCAACUGGAAUGCCAGUAGUACAGGGAGGUGUACUGUACCAGAACCAUCCUAAUAUUGGCACAGGCGUUGCCAAAAUGUCUGUUGGAAGUAUGUACGGAUCACAUACUAAUACAAACAAAGUGGCGGUGUCAAACGUGUUUCACAAUACUGGCAAUAGUGAUAUGAAUCACAUUGCUGCGAAGAUGCCCACAAUUGGUAACAUGUAUCACCAUCAGCAGGACGGUAGCCAGGAUGCAGUCGAUAGAACUUCUACACAGACAAAUCUUAUGAAUUCGUAUCAUGUUCACUCGUAUGUGCCAGCUGCAUUACCAUUAAGCAACAUGGGGUAUUAUAUACCGCCUAUACACCACACAGAUCCUAGCAUGGAUAUGCUGCACAACAGGAUGACAACCAACCAGUAAACUUUGAGGUGGCGAUGGAACUGCAGUUACAGAUGAGACUGGAAUGGAUUCCUUCAGCACUGUGAAAUGGCUGAUGUUACUAGAGAUUUGUGUAUAUCAUGAACCUUUAAUGUUUUGUUCAAGCGAACAAUAAGGUGGUCUGUCAUAUUUAGUGUGUCUUUUAACAUUAAGACACGUUUAUUAUAUUUCCUAAGUGAAAUCUCCUAAAAAGCUUUACUAUGGUAAUAGGAAAGUAAUACUUGUGUAUAUUACACAGUUUAUGGUUGUUGUUGCAUAGUGCCAUACAUUUUUAUAGAUUUACAAUACCUGCCAGUCAGAAAGUUUUUACUUAACAUAUAUAAUGCUUUUUCUCACAUAAUUUUUAAUAUGAGCUGUUGGUGCAUCAUUGUGUGUCUUCACUACAAUGUGUGAAAUAUUAAGACAGUGAAGUUGUAAAUAUUUUAUUUGACCAGAAAUAAUUUUAUAUUUAUGAAUUUUUUUCUCUUCAUCUAUUUUUCUCACUAAAGUAUUUUUAAUGUGGCUGCCACAUGACAUGUUUUUAAAACCGAUACUUUUAUUUUAAUUGAGAUAACUCUGUGAAACUUUGUCUAACAAUAGUACAAAAAAAAGAUUUGUUGCAGUUGCAACUGAACUACAAUGUAAGUCUUUUCACUCACUUUACAUUUUUUGUGCCAGAGAAAAUAAGAUAGUGCUAAGUAUUAGAUGUUGCAUCAGAUAUUAUGUUCCUAUUGUACAAAGAGAUUUUUUUAAGGAUAAUAUUUUAUAAAGAGGGAAGUACAUGGACUAGGAUAAGGACAAAUACAUGUACACCUUGCAUAAUGGAAAAGGUAGCUUGUGCUAUACCGAUUGUAUAGAACAUUUAUCAUAGUUUAGAAGAGGCAGUUCACUUCUGUUCCCAACAUAAAUGCAUCAGAUUUUAUUUUAUUUUAGAAUUAAUUCCAAGAAAGAGAUAACUGAUAUUAGUGUCACAGGAGGUCUACAAGGCAACUGAAAUAAUUUUAAAAGAGAUAGGCUGAGAUAAUGAACAACAAUAAUGCAUAAUCAUAACUCCAGCUCAGAAGAGUAGAGAAUAAUCUAUCUGCCCCUUUGCAGUGAUAAUGUUCUGUUGCCUUGAAGCAGCAAGCACUUAUUAAUAUUCACCACAUUCUCAGAUUUCGAAACAAUCAUCAUGUUAAUGCUGGAAUUUUACAUAUUUUGUUCAGUAUGUUAUAUCAGUUUUUCAUCACUUCACCCUUUGUACGAGCAGCGAUCUUAUUGCAAAUUUGAUUUCAGGGGUGUCUUUAAAGGAGGUGCUGCCAUAAUUUAAGCAAUGCAUAAUGUGAAAUAUAUGAAAGACUGUUUUUGUCGUUUAAGUAAGACAUUUUUUCUGAAAAAUUAUAUUGUAAAUAACACAGCGCGAAUUAUUAAUUGUUUUCUAACUUACCAUUAUUUGAUAUAAAGUAUUAUUAAAAACAGAUUUUUUAUGCCUUAAGUGCUUGAUUUUUAAAUCACGACAGAAUUUUUACUUGAUUAUAGGCAUCUCUGAUUGAUUAUGGUAAAGUGAUUGUAGGCACUGUUUCCUUGGUGCAUUUUUUAUGUAUGUCAGAAACAUUUAACAACAAAAUUGUGAGAGACAUCUGGGAAGAAGUGACGGUGGGAAUUGAUUAUUGUAAUUAGGAGUCAUCUAAAAUCUGAUGAUUUUUCUUGCUGCAAGAAAUGUUAGAUUUUCAACAUUUAGAGGCAUUAACCAUCAAAAAACCAAGGCACUCAAGAAAUAACCAGUAUAGCCACAGGUGCAGGCACAACACAACAUAGUAAAUUUAUCUCCACUCUGUGAAUUAAUAAGGGGUAUUGUCACACUCUUAAGCAAUUUCAAUGUUCUAGUUUCUACAACAUUAUAACAAAAUAUUUUGUAGUUUUUUUGUUUAAUUUAAGGUGAUUUAUAAAUACACUUAUUUUGGGAAACCAAACCUAGUAAGUCCUGCAAAUAUUGAAUUCCACCACCUGGUUGGGCUUUAAUUAAAAAAGUCAGUAUAGAAUUUUUACAAAAUCCAGUUAAGGUACUUUUGAACCUAGUGAUUCAUAACCUAUGCAGGUUUUAAUGGCCUAAUUCUCAUUAUAACUGAUGUAAAUUUGAAAACACUGGUUUAGAAUUGACAUAGGUUUCUAUAUUUUUGUGAUUAUCUUGUGCUCUUCCCCCUUAUUGUUAUGCUGUAACAUUGAACACCAUUAGAGUCAUGGUGAAAAAGUUUCAGACUUCCAGCACAGUACAAUAUUGAAAUGUCACAAUGUUUUGCACCUCACCUUCUGGCUUUUAAUUACUGGCCACUUUACUUGGAUACCAACCAGUUGUUUACUGAACCCUCUCAAUUAAAAAGCUUGAAACUGUAGUAACAAAAUUUUAGGGUGCUUUUCUUUUUAUGGCCCCACAUAAUUUCAGAGAGUAGUUGUUGUUUCGUUGCAGUUUUUCAUUUUUGAAAUGUAGAGGUACAUUUGCAUCACAACAAUUUUACCAUUUAUCUAUCUGUCCCUUCCCCCUGCCUCUUAAUGGCCACAUUGCAGAUGUUGGACGGUCAGAUUCUUCCAUUGUAAUUUGUUUUUAGUCAUUUACAGUUUUGUACCAUCUUUCUCUCCUUGCUCAUAGCUGUGGUCGAUGUAACUUUCCGUUCAAUACCAUUUUCUGUGUUCUUUCAACGGAAAACACAUCCAAUCUGAAGGCAGAAAACUGCUGUCAUAGAGGCCAAAAGUGUUAAAAAAUAUCUGUGUCUUCUCACUUACUUAUGGCAAAUUUUACUUUUUGUCUAUAUGGCAGCAGGUAGAUGUUAGACUUUCAUAAAAUCUUUUGUGACACAUUUAUUGCAGUUUGUGUUAUUGGUGCACUAAGUGUAUUAGUUUUCUAUGUAAAUGUGACUUUUUUUACCAUUAGUUGCUUUUACUGAUGGAGACAAUGUUGUUUAUUGUCAAAAUCUUGCAUUUUUAUGGAGAAUGGGCGUGACAAAACAUAUCGAAAAUAUUUAACUCCAAAUUCUUGUAAAAAGUAAAUAAAAAAGAUAGGUUGUGAAGUAAUUGUUACCAUGUUGUAGCACAUGCAAUUUACAGGCAUGAUUCAGUGUUGUUGAUUCUCUUACACAUUCUGUUCUGGAUGAUUGCUUGGUACACUAUUUGUGUUCACUGUGACUCUUCCUCUUCCACUCUCAUAUUCAGAAGACUUUUUUGUGUAAAGGAAGCACAAACAAUCUCAUUUGUUUUAUUAGUUUCAUGUCAGUUACAGCGGUUUGUGUUAACAUUUUAUAUGAUUUACUACAUACACCUCUUGCCCCCAUCCCCCUUCAUUCACAUUAUUAAGGCACAGAUAAUUUGCUGCUACGUCAAUGCAGAAAAAUUUUGCCAUACUUUCUGCUUUAUACACUUUUCUAAUGUUUCAAAUAAUAGAAUGAAUGAGCCACUGGUUUGCACCGUUUUAAAUUUCUUUCGUAGUGAAUGACUGUCUUCAGCGUUAUUGAUGGUUACAACCCUAUUUUGAAUAUUAUGAAGGCUUCAGUAUUUACGAGCAAUAAAGGAACUAUGGGACCAAUGACAUCUACUUCUUCAAGAAAUUUUUAACAGAAAAACAGUUUUUUUUCACUUUUUUACAUUUCCUAAGAGAGACAUCUCUUCUAUCUUCUUCACAGAUUCUUUUUCUUAUUGUCUUUAUAGUGUUGAAUCUGGUUACAUGUUUUACCUUCUGUGUUGUCUGAUAACAAUACAUGUUUGAUCAAGAGAUUUAUUCAUGUAGUGUUUAGUUUCCUAUGAUUGGUUGUGAUUGUAUAUAGUUUCCUUUCUCUUCAUUGAUACCUUUAUAUUUUAGUCACUAUAGUGUGAGAUUUUCUUUUCUACUUAAUGGAUUUCACAUAUGUUUGUUGUUAUUGAUACCUUCAUUAUAUCAAACUUUAACUGUAGCAAAAUUGUGUGUUCACUGUUUGCUUCAAGGGCUAAUCUAAUGUCAAGUAAUAAUCAAUGACAAGCUGUGUGAAUGUAGGAGAGAAGCUUUACGAUUGCGAAGAUUAACUUAUAAUUAUCCUUUGCAUGGUAUCUGGAGUAACUGCAGUAAUGUAUUGACUUAAAUAAUUAAGGAUGUCCUGAGAUUCUUUUGUAAUAACAAACUGUAGUUACUCAAAGGAGCAGUGGAAAUUUCACAGACAGUUUACUAUUUGCACAGGCGAAAAAAUUCAUUCUCGCAAUCAGGUAACAAAUAUUUUGCGUGUUGUCAUUGUUGGAAUAUAUCACUUUCAUUUGCGCAUCUCUACUGCUGCCACUAGCACCGAAGCGAAGGAGGUUGCACAUUAAAUUCUAGGUGUGGCAUUGUUGCAAUUUUGCUUGUCGGAAACUCCAUUCCUUUUAAUAGGUCGUAUUUCUGGCAAUUUCCAGAUGAUUUGAGUCCUAGAUCUUUCCUGUAUUCUGUCAGUGCAGGGUUCAGAGAUGGAAAGAAACACACGGAUCCCUCUCAACACAAAUAUUUGUUUCCUGCCUCUCUUUUCUAACUUUCCCUGGCCUGUAUCACUCUUUCCUUCCCGAUAAAGGAACUACCAGUUUCAAAAGCUAGGAGACUUGUUUUUGUGCGUCUGUUGGAUGAACUGAGACAUCGGUGAUAACUUCUUAUAGUAUGACAGCUAGAGCUUUAUGUAGUUUAAUUAUUUCGUGACGACAUUAUCUUCAGAAUAGAAAGUGAAGAUGAUGGUAAGAAUUUUUGUGGAUUGGACCACUUGAUGCAUAAUUAGGCUGGCUGGUUGGCUAUGCAAGUUAGUGUUCAGUUCUUUAAAAAUAUGCUUUGAGUGAUGUUUGCUUUCGAAUGGCAGUCAAAGAUGGAAGUGAAGAGAGAAUUUUAUGAUUUAAUUAUUUGAAAAACUACAAUUUUUUGUCAUCUUUAACAUUGCACAUGUGGAUUACAUUCAGUUUUGGUUAAUUGUUAAAAGUAUUGAUGUGGGGCGCAGAAUGGAAUGUAACUAAUACUGAUUUACUUACUCAUGGGGUCGUUUGCAAGUCUGGUUUUGUGGAUUAUGUGAGAGAGUCAUUUCCAUUGACAUCCGUCCAUGUUUGUUUUCCCUUGAAGACUGCCAGUGAUUCAGUGCCCUGCAGCUGUACUGUGGGUGCUGUGCAGGGUUUGCCAUUCUACUGCCUCCUAGCCAACAGGAUCUGUCAUGUCUGUAGUGGCUUAGGAAUGGACAGAUUGGAGCAGAACUGACUGUCGAGAGGAUAACCGACACGAGAGAGAAAUAUGGAAAGAGAUCGUGAGCAAAAGAUUGACAAAAUAGGUGUCGAGAUGCAGUCCGAACAGAAGAAGGAACCUGGGUAGGCCCAAUUUGAGAAAGCCUCGACUAUAAACUUUGAACAUAGAACAGGCAGUUAGCCUAAUCCCUGGUGAUAAUGAUGUGAGAGAGUUUUUUUAUGCUAUUGUUCCUUUUAAUACGUAUUCGACUGUGAAGACUGUAUUGUUAAUUCUAGGAAAAAUGGCAUAGCAUAUGAUUUCAUCUGAGGGAUAGAACACAGGUGUGAAAAGUUUGACUGAUAUGGAUGGGCUUUCAUUAUGUGUGUUUUGUAGAAUAGUAUUCAUCCCCUCCCAGGAUUUUUGCUUCCUUUGAAUGUGUCUGCAUAAAUCAUGGUUUUAGGAUUGUAACAUAAUGAAAUUAUUUUGUUUUGUAAUUAAUAUGUGAUGUACAGAAAGAAAGAAAACACUUCUACACAUAUCUGAAUGAAAAUUCAUCCUCAUUGGCAGCUUUAGUUUCACAUAUCAGAGUUCUUAAGUUUUGAGGUACCAGCAAAGAACAGGAAUUAUAUUUUAAUUCGUGGAUCUUUGCAUAGGACAUUAAUGAAAUUAGCUCUCGUGAUUGAACUGAUUAUAAGUAUUUUAUGUAAGAAAAAUAACUGAAAUUACAUUUUUUCUGUUUCUGAGAUCUACAAUGCUUACCAUGCAGUUUAUUAAGAGACAAAUAUUGCUUUAAUAACAAUGUAAUUGUUAUAUUUUAGUACCAGGUUAAUACAAAAAUUAAUUAUGAGCAUACAGUUUUUUAAACAUACUCCAAUUGUAAACACAUUCCCAAAUAACCUCACAGUUCUGAGAACACUGUUAGAUAGCAGAUGUUUUUGUAAUCUUGUGACUUUUUGUAUUUUAUCACUGUUUGCAUGAAAAGUUUUAGUGAUAAUGCUUCCAUUAGAAUUACAUAGUUAUAGAUAUUACUAACACAGAUAUCAUAAAAACAAUAAGAAAAUAGGAAUAAAAUUCAGUUAAAAAUGUAAGAUUUCUUAUGUAUAAUGUGCAACAUGAUCUGCAUGUACAAUAAACUGCAUAUUGUUCUUUUGAUAAAUGCAUAAGUGAGAAUAUAAGUAAACCUGUUUCUUUUGUCUCAAAAAUAAUUUGGCUUUGAGUGUGAAAUACUUAAAAGAUGAGAUACCUUGUUAAAAUCCAUUGGUACUAUGUUUUACACAUAGGUGUACCCCUUCUGUAUUCUGGUAUUUUUUGUUUGUUAUGUGAUUUAUAAUGUAUCUUAUAAUAUGAGCACAACCAAUUACUAUAAAGCAAAUAUUAUGUAGAAUGGUUAUGACAACUGGUUAGUUCUGUUCCUGAUUAAGUGCUGUUUCCAUGUAAUAAUAGACGGAAAGUUCUAGUGGAUUGUAAAUACUAUAGGAGUAAAGGAGACAACUCAUCAAAAAGCAAUGAGUUACGUGUGUGUGUGUGUGUGUGUGUGUGUGUGUGUGUGUGUGUGCUCUAGAUUGAAAAAGGAUUCAUACCAAAAGCUAGUGAGAUUUUGUGUGUGUCUGUCAGUGACCCAACUGUUCUGCUUUUUUCUUGUUUCCGAGUGUAUGGUAACAGAAGUCAGUUUAAUACAAAUGAUACUACUCUAUAUACUUUUCCACUGCCCUCUCUGUCUGUAAAACAAAUUCAUUUGGUUAAGCAAAUGAUUGAAGUUAUGAGGCUACUUCUAUCUGUUAAAUUUGAUUAUACAAUUCUUCGUAAACAGCUUUAAUAUCUUGAUGAAUUACAUUUAGUAAAGUGGUUUCUUCUCCAUCUAACAUCGUCUAUGAUGUGGGCACCAGUGGUAAUUGUGUAGUGAGGGAAACUUCUGAAAAUGAAUUUUGAACAGUCAUACUACCAACAUUUAGUGAGAGCAGUUCCUUCACUUUCUAAUCACUUUCCAUGGCAGAAUGAUAAAAUUUAUUUUCAGCUUAGUUGUCAUAUUUUGUUGGCUCCCAUUCAGAUACAUGACUAUCUUUAAUCCUGUCACUCACUUUGUGAUGUUCCUAGAAGUUUCUUCAGAACACCUGCUUCG